AUGAACGUUGGUGGAAGUAAGAUGCUCUCAUUGGACGUAUUUUCAACUUUUACCAACCUACCCGUGGUAGAAACCAUAAACUACCUCUACGACGUUAUUCAGGACAAUAACUAUCAGAUAGUUAUGCCUAUGAACACUCGUAAAGAGCUACUUACGCAAUGCACUCCAAAUGUACAACUCCUCUGCAAUAGUCAAUUUUACACACACAUAGAUGGUGUAGCGAUGCGCUCAUCAUUUGGUCAGUUUCUGGCAAAUGUCCUUAUCGGAAAGAUCGAGAAAAUCAGUUUAAGUGAUACCAUCAAUGAUCUUACAUUCUUCGGUCGAUAUGUGGAUGAUAUCUCUUUCAGAGACCUUAACGCUGACACUGACGCCCUGGUCGCGAAGUUUAACAGCAUAAACCCAUCACUCAAAUUUUCUGCAGAGACUGAAGUGGACGAUGAAACUGCGUUCCUUGAUGUUCUUUUAAAAUGGGAAGAUGAUGGAUCCAUCCGGCGUAGGGUCUUCCAAAAGAAAACCUGGACGGGACAAUACACAAACUUGCACAGUUAUGUGCCCCUAAAUAUAAAACGAAAUCUAGUGCAGGAAUUAGCAGCUAGGGUACGACAGAUCUGCUGUCCCGCAUCUGCCGAAACAGAACUCCCACAGCUGCAGCACACAUCUAUUGGAAAUGGAAAUCCGGAAAGGUUAAUCCUCAAGAAUAUUGACCAACGCUCCAAAAGACUGCCUUUCUUAGGCAUUGCAACAAGCAAUCUGGUCAGACGACGCCUGAGGAUCGCUAUCACAAGUGCUUUGGCAGCGGCGAACUUAGGGUGUUCUUCACGAACUUUCCCAUCCUACGAUUGGGGAAGUAAAGACCGGUUCUCUUUGAAGGCCACAUCAGUGUGUAUUUACUGCUUCACUUGCUUCCGUGGAGCAGGAUACAUUGGCCGAACAAAGAGACGCCUAGAAAAGAGUGUUGUCUACCGGACACCAGCUAACAUGUUCAAGGGCCUGCGCCAACGGAUGCUUGUUACAGCCAAAGCGAUGGCUAUACUGCUUGCGACUCCUGUGCUGUAUUGUCAGAAGACGCUGACAAAGCCCUUGCCCUUCCGCGGCCGACACCGACUCCUCGUGGCGAUCGCCUUUUGCACCCACCUACUAGUGGCAGUUGCUCAUCGAACACGCCGAACACGCCGAUCUCGCCUACUUGCACAGACUGUCAUCGUCCGCAGUGGUCACUCGGCACCCAAGUCAGACAGCUAUUAA